AUGCGUUCCAUAAAACGGGCUUCUCGUCGUCUCCCGGCGUCUUUGCGCGGUGCUCCCACCUCCGCCCCCGGGUCAGGAGCCCGCUUCCUCUCGACAACCGCCCCUACCCCGUCGACAGCCACUACCAAUGGCAGCACCAACACUUCGGUAACCCCCAUUUCAUCCGUUCUCAUCGCGAACCGUGGUGAGAUCGCUCUCCGCGUUGCUCGAACGGCGGCCUCUAUGGGCAUCCGCACCACAACCCUCUACACCGAUAUCGACGCCGCUUCACAACAUGCCAAGUGCACCCCUUAUGCCAUCUCCCUCGGUGCUCCCUCGGCCUACCUCGAUGGUCCACGGAUCGUCGAGCUUGCAAAGAAACAUGGCAUCCAGGCUCUCCACCCGGGUUACGGUUUCCUGAGCGAGAACCCCGCCUUUGCCAAGGCCUGCGAGGAGGCCGGUAUUGUCUUUGUCGGUCCUCCCGCUAAGGCCAUGACCGACAUGGGCGACAAGGCCCGCAGCAAGGAGAUCAUGAACGCCUCCGGCGUGCCAUGCGUCCCCGGCUACCAUGGCUCCGAGCAGUCUGUCGAGCAGCUCAAGGCCAGGGCCGCCGAGAUCAAGUACCCCGUCCUGCUCAAGAGUGUCAAGGGAGGCGGCGGCAAGGGUAUGCGCAUCGUGCGCACCGCGGACGAGUUCGAGGCCCAACUGAAGAGCGCAAGGGCCGAGGCACGCGCCAGCUUCGGCGAGGGUGGUGAGGUGAUGCUCGUGGAGAAGUACAUUGUGCGCCCCAGGCACGUCGAGGUCCAGGUCUUCGCUGACCGCCAUGGCAACUGCGUGGCCCUUGGCGAGCGCGAUUGCAGUAUCCAAAGGAGACAUCAGAAGAUCCUCGAGGAGAGCCCUGCACCCUUGUUGGACGAUGUAACACGGAAAGAUCUGUGGGAUAAGGCUAGGAAGGCUGCCCUUGCCGUGGACUAUGUGGGCGCCGGCACCGUCGAGUUCAUCUUGGACAAGGACACCAACGAGUUCUACUUCAUGGAGAUGAACACUCGUCUCCAAGUAGAGCACCCCGUCAGUGAAAUGGUCACGGGUACCGACCUUGUCGAGUGGCAGUUCAGGGUUGCCGCCGGCGAGAAGCUUCCCUUGACCCAGGACGAGAUCGAAGCUAGGAUUCUGGAGAGAGGUGCCGCCAUCGAGGCCAGGAUAUACGCCGAGAACCCAGAGAAGGGUUUCUUCCCCGACUCGGGCACUCUGGUACACCUCUCAAAGCCCCAAACAAACGAAGAUGUGCGCAUCGACGCUGGCUUCGUGGAAGGAGACACCGUUUCCGAGGCAUACGAUGGCAUGAUUGCCAAGCUUAUCGUCCGGGGCAAGGACAGAGAGACGGCCAUCCGCAAGCUCGAACUGGCCUUGCGCGAAUACGAAGUUGUUGGGCUGAGCACAAACAUAGAGUUCCUCAAGAGGCUCUGUAACAGUCAAGCCUUCAUCGAAGGUGAUGUCGAGACCGGCUUCAUCGACAAUUGGAAGCAAGAACUGUUUGGGGCCAAGCCUACCUCCAACGAUGUGUUCGCCCAGGCUGCCCUCGGUCUCCUAGGCACUCAGACACAAAACGCCCCUGCCGCACAUGGCCAGACCCUCGGCUUCGGCGAAGCCGCUACUCAGAACUCGCGCAAGUUCGCGUUCCGUGUCCAAGAUGACGCCAGCACCGAGGAGGGCAAGAUCGUCGAGGUUGAGGUUACCCAGCUGAACAACAAGCUGUUCAACGUGUCUGUCCGCAAGGAGGGCGAUGACAAGCCACAAGUGUUCGAGAACAUUGUGUCCGAGUCAACUUCCACAACGGCCCCGACCUCGUCAGCGAAGAAGACCAAGCUGACUACUUACUUCCCUCUCGCGAGGGUCAACACAACCUUGGUCCAGGACCCUGCGGAUAACGAGAAGUUGACGGUCUUCCAGCUUGGUCACAAGACUCAGCUAAGGCUCGUCAGCCCAGGGUGGUUCGACAAGGCGCUGGGCUUGAAGGAGGUUGCCGCUAGCGUGGUGGCGCCGAUGCCUUGCAAGAUUUUGAGGAAUGAGGUUGAGGAGGGGCAGUCAGUGGAGAAGGGUGCGCCGUUGGUUGUUAUCGAGUCGAUGAAGAUGGAGACGGUCAUUCGGUCGCCACAGAGCGGUGUCAUCAAAAAGCUGGCACACAAGGAAGGAGAUAUUUGCAAGGCUGGAACGGUUCUGGUCCUCUUCGAAGAGACCGAUGAGAGUUCUUAG